AUGAGCCAAGAAGGCCAAACCUUGGAGAAAUUCUGGAGCGAGUUGCACAACAUAUGGACUGAAAUCGACCAAAGGGAUCCAAAUCCCCUAGAGUGCUGUGAUAAGGGGAUACUAACUUACCAGAAAAUAAUCUCCCAGAAAAGAUUGUAUCAAUUCCUCGCAGGCCUUAACCCCCAACUGGAUGGGAUUCGACGAGAUAUACUCAAAGAGAAGCCAAACCCCUCACCAGAAGUUGCCUUCGCCACCGUCAAACGAGAGGCUGCCCGACUACAUAUUAUGCAGCCGAUAUCCAACUCUGGUGGUCUGGACCCAAGUAUAGGAGUUGGACUUGGGGUGAAACAUCCAAACCCUAUGUCAGACCCGGCUCGGAUGCAAUCAAAUGGUAACUCAGCCAAUCGAUUCGGGCAAAGUUCAUCGUGCAACAAAAUUGACAAGACCAAAUUGGUCUGCUCACAUUGUGGGAUGAAGAAGCAUACACGGGAGACUUGCUUCCAGUUGGUUGGCUACCCAGAAUGGUGGGAAGAGGGGCAUCGGAUUGCAACCGCAAAGGGGAAGAGUGCGGUCGCCGUCGACGAAGCCCAAGUAGAGGAACCUCAAGAUCAGACCCAUAUCGGGUUUGGAGGGGCAACAACAAAAAUCACCGGAGGGGGAAAUCAGACAGAACAUUGCAGUUCAUAUGAGGGGAAAAAUGAAUGGGCAGCGAUGCAAAAUGAAUUCAGGAUAUCCGGACGGGGAAGAUCAUUGGGCGUGGCACUGAAAGGAAUGGACUUUACUAUGUGGACGAGAUUGACUCCAAAGGUACUGUACUACUUGCCCAUGGUUCUUCCGAACGAGAUAUUUGGCUGUGGCAUCAGAGAUUGGGUCACCCUUCUACUAACUACCUUAAACUUCUCUUUCCAGCUUUAG